AUGGCACUAGCUCAGCUUAAUCGGCAUGACCAAACGUAUGUGGCAAAGGAUACACUUGCUUAUGUUGUAUCAAAACGUUUCUUCAAUCUCAACCCCACCGGCGAACUAACCAACGAGACAUUCCACCAACUUUCGCUGCCGCGGUGCGGCGUCCCGGACGUGAACUUCGAGUUCUCCGCCGUGGGGAAUGUGUCGUGGCCCAAGGCCGGGCGGCAGUGGUUCUCCGGGAUGAGACUCACGUACGGGUUCUUCCCGACGAGAAGGAUUCCGGGGAACGCGACUGAGGUGUUCAGGAGGGCGUUCGCGCGGUGGGGUAGGGCUGUUCCGGGGUUGAAUCUGACGGAGGGGAGUUAUGAUGAGGCUGAUAUUAGGGUGGGGUUUUACGAUUUUGACGAGGGCGUUGGAUUUGGAGAGUGUGGCGAUGCAUCAGAUAGGGCAUUUGUUAGGGCUUGA